UAUAAAUGCCGGGCGGCCGCCGCCAUUGUCGCGCAGUCGUGACUGACUUGUUUGGUCGUUGAGCGAUAGCGAAGGACGUGGUCUGUCUUACCAGGAUGCCGGAGCCCGCCAAGUCCGCCCCCGCCCCCAAGAAGGGCUCCAAGAAAGCGGUCACCAAGACGCAGAAGAAGGGCGACAAGAAGCGCAAGAAGAGCAGGAAGGAGAGCUACUCCAUCUACGUGUACAAGGUGCUGAAGCAGGUGCACCCGGACACCGGCAUCUCGUCCAAAGCCAUGGGCAUCAUGAACUCCUUCGUCAACGACAUCUUCGAGCGCAUCGCCGGGGAGGCGUCCCGCCUGGCGCACUACAACAAGCGCUCGACCAUCACGUCCCGGGAGAUCCAGACCGCCGUGCGCCUGCUGCUGCCCGGGGAGCUGGCCAAGCACGCCGUGUCCGAGGGCACCAAGGCUGUCACCAAGUACACCAGCUCCAAGUAAACGGGCUCCUCGCAGGCUUUCUGCAUCGUUUCACCCAAAGGCUCUUUUAAGAGCCACCCACUUGAUCACUUAAA